AUGGUGGAUCUUCUUGCUGUUGUGGAUGUGGAUGUUUCUGCUGAUGCGGAUGUUGUUGUGGAUGUUUCUGCUGUUGCGGAUGUUGUUGUGCAUGUUUUUGCUGUUGCGGAUGUUGUUGUGCAUGUUUCUGCUGAUGCAGAUGUUGUUGCAAAUGUGGAUGUUUCUGCUGUUGCGGAUGUUUCUGCUGUUGCGGAUAUUUCUGCUGUUGCGAAUGUGAAAGUGAUGGUAUCUGUGAAAGGAUGUGAAGGUACUGGUGCUACGAUCAUUGACUUCCUUUCUUUUAAAUUUUAUUUGAUCUUUGCACUGUAA